CCCCUAAAGACCUCUAAGCAGCGUUCUCUUGCUGAGAAUGCAGCAUGUCGAUGACUAGCAAGACGAAUAUCACAUGCCAUGCCCGUGCGUAGCUCUGCUAUCUCAUACAAAUACCUCCUCCCUCUGUUCUCUUCUCUUCUUCAUGGAGGAGGAUGGUUGUUGUUCAACCACCGAGAUUUGGUGGAACAUGGUGUUCAAACAUUGAAAACCUCCCGUCUGAUGAGAAGUCAGCGGGACAAGCACGGUGGUGUGGUGCGAUGCGAUGAUGCUCGCCUUUACGCCUUAAUGACAUUGAGCAGUAUCUUGGUAACCAGGUUGACGCUAGAGCUGAGGGAAGACAGUCUUCCUUGCUAUAUGAGGGGAGAUAGGGCGAAGAGCAUCAUCGUGAAAUGCUGGUGCCAGGUCCCAACAAUUUCGACGACACCACCGCACCAUUAGGGGCUGCUGCAGAGUGUCGGCUUUCGUCAAGUUGAGAGACUAGCCCGC